CACAACGCACACAGUUUCAGCAGCAGCAGCAGCGAUGGAGGGAGGAAAGAGAAAAUCCUCUCUCACCUCACAAACGGAGCCUCUCGACAACCCCCAUUUUCAAUUCUCCACUCCAAUGCAUCAACACCAAUCUCAUGAAAUGGUGGCUUUGAAGAAGGCAUAUGCGGAUGUGAUUCUGAAUACUGUGAAGGAGGCUGCGGGUCGGGUAAUGGCGUCCGAAAGAAGAGCUGUUAUGUUCCAGCAGGAGCUCUCUUCGGUCAAAGAAGAGGCUCUUCGUAUGUUACUGCAUUUGAAGCAGAUGAUGGAUGCUAAGACAACUGAAGCAGAAAAAACAUCAUUGGAGAAGCAAAGAAAAAUUGAUGAGCUUGAAGCACAAUUGAAUGAAGCUGAGGAUGUAAUAACUGAUCUUAGAGUGGAAUUGAAGCAUGUAUAUCUCGAGUUAGAGAAGACAAAGAAUAACCAGGUCCAGCCUUUGAAUGGGCAGAAUGUAAAGCAAGUUGCAUCUUUUCAGGAGUGUGCAAAACCUAAGAUUUUAGUAUCCUCUCCUAAUAAAGAACUUGAAUGUGUAACAAGCAGUAAUGUGAUGAACAAAUUACUGACUGUGAAUGGUUUAGAUAAUGAAUGCUGUAAUUCAGAAAAACAAACUGAGCAACUGGGCAUCUCUAAUGUGGAGGAUUACUAUGGUCAUGACUCUGACUUGGCUUCCAUCAAUAUGAGAAGCAAGGAACCUGAACUUCGCCGAAAUGGAUUUACUCAGAGAAUUCGUGCACUUGAAGGAAACUUGCUGGAUGAAAAGUUGCUCAUGCAAGAUGCCGACAAUCAACAUUGUGGUAAAAAACCGGGGCUCAUUGCUAAAGAUAGCAAUGGGGAAGUUGCAAAAUUUAGUGCACUGGCUGAGAAAAUGGAAAUUAAGAAGAACAUUAAGCACCGUAAGAUACCAAGACGGAAGAUAUUUUCCUAUUACAGGUCUUGCUUGCUUUCUUGUAAAAUGCAUGUAAAUGGAAACUGUAAACCCAACAAAGGUGUGUGCUCUCUACCUUCUAUCAAGCCUAGUGUCAUUAGCAAAUGGAAAAGAAAGAGAAGAAGACAUAGACUUGUAGGGAUGAAAUCUUCUGCUUUUAGGAGUUGUAAACCAUCAUUUGUUCUUAAGCAGUGCUCAUCUGUCCACGAUAAAUGUUGUGAAGAUGAACAUGGUGCUAAGAUGAAGCCAGUGCCACCAUUUGCUGAUUUAGAGCCUGCACAUGGGUCAACCGGUGUUGCAGAAAGUGUUCAGGCUCUAAAUAAAUUUGAGCAUGUGGAGAAGGCUAUUGGGAUGGAUACCAAGUUACUAAAUUUAGAAGGAAGUGCUGCACAGAAUCUAACAGGUCCAAGUUCUCCUAUGAAAGUUGAGGUUUUUUAUGUUCCAUCUGCAAAUACAGAUUUUAAAGAUGCAAAAGAUUUUGAAGAAAAUGAUGGAUCUUCCAGUCAAGUAGAUGACAGUAGGCUUCUGAAGUAUACAUUCCAAAGGAAGCGAAAAAAAGAAUCCUUGAGAAAUGCAGACCAAAAUAUUGAUUCUGAGAAGAGCAUGGUGAAAAAGAGGAGGGUGGAGGACAAACAAAAUAGUUCAUUAGAACCCCAGAAAUCUAGCAUAAUAGAGGAAACUUCUAAAGAUAAUUAGCACCUGGCUAAGGUUGCUCAUCAGCUUAUAUAAAAAAGGUGUUGAUAUCAGUAGAUGCUUAAGGCUUUAGGAUUCAGCUAUAGCAUGCCUUUGAAGUAAAUAACACCUUGAAGGUGGUAUCUUACAUCUUAGCCUCUGACACAUCAAAUACAUUUUUUUUUAACAGCUAGGCACCCUAGCUUAAUAGAAAAAAAAAAUGUUUCUGCAGGCUCAAAGACCCUAUUGCCAAAGUCUCAUAACUUAAGCUUUCUUAACAUUUGAGUCAUGACAUGUUGGUGGCAACCCUUGAUAGCUGAUGGUUAUGUUUGUAGAAUCUUUUUUGUCAUUUUUUUUUUAUAUAUAUAUCUCCAUAUAAACUAUAAACUUUAUAGGAAGAAAAGUCUUAUUGCUGGCAGGUUAAACUUAUGCCGAUUGUAAUUGGCUCAUUUCAAGUCUUCUUCUCAAGAACAUCACUAUGCUGGUGAUUGAACUCGGGAGCUGUUGAAGCUUGAAAUUUGUUAGGCUGAAUUGGAAACCUCAGUUUGAGUAUUUAGAUAAAUUUGUAUGAUUAUUUUGUAAUCUGAUAUCUUUAAACAGUGAAGUGAAGUAAGUCAAUAAAUGAAGCCUGGCACAGAUUGAUUUUUCAAA